UAAGUUACAACUCUACGUGGGGGGAGAGGAAAAACUACCCUACAAUCUAGUGGAUCGAUCAUUAAAACACUAAACAAAAGUGUGCGAAAGAAGAAACUUUUCUUGGGAUUUGGGAGGUUUUAUAGGAUGAGAGAGUUUGCGCGACGGCACGUGCGUGUAAAUCAGUGUUUACGUCUGACUGAGAAACUGGGCUUCAGUUAUUCAGGCGACAUCAUGAACCAUUGUUGUGUUCAACGACCCGACUUUCCUCUGUGUUUCUAUUUGUACUAAUGUACCCGAGGAGUGUUUCAGCAGCUUCACUCAGGAUCAGUUUGCUUCUUCUCCUUCUCUUGUUGUCGGUGAGCGUGUGUUCAGAGCUGAAAGUGCUGGUGCGGUUAAACGAUGGUCAGAUCACCGCAGAGACUUUAGAGUCGGACAGCGAGCGGGACAUCAUCAGUGUAGAGUUCAGGCACACAGACGGCACUCUCAUCACCUUCCUGGCAGAUUUCAAGAGGCAUGUGAAGAUCCUGCGGGCACUGGUGCUGGGGGAACCGGAGCGGGGCCAGACACAGUACCAGGGCCUGUGUUUCAUAAGCAGGCUAGAACAUGGAGAGAUCAUCCCAAGUGAAGCCAUGGUCAGACUGAGACAGAAAAACCCACACAUCAUACGGAAUGCUGAAGAGAAGCGUGGUCUGGAGCGGAUGAGCAUGAACAUGGCUGUAAAUCUCACUCUAUCCUGGCACCUCAGCUCCCACAUCCGAAGCAUAUGCCGUGACGCCCAAGACUUCAUCUACACGCAAGAGCAGGACGUCAAAUACUGGCUACAAAAGGGUGUGGAAAGCUCCGUAUUCAAAGUGUUUCCCCAGAAUAUCGAGAACGCGGUCCUGCAAAGUUGCAGCACUACUACGGACCCGUGGCAGCCGUGUUCAUGUAGCUACACCGUGAGGCUGGAGUGGUACCCGUGUAUGCUGAAAUACUGCCGUGGCCACGGCCCGAGCCCAUACAAGUGUGGGAUCAAGAGCUGCAGCAAGGCUUACCGCUUCGACUUCUACACGUCACGCAAGCAACUGUGCAUGUGGGAUGAAGAGAGCUAACAGUGCCACUCUACACAGUUCACUAAUAUUCUAACCAGUACUUAUGCUAAAAGUGACCCUGGGUAGCACUGAUGUGCCUUCACAUAGGUCUUAAUAGUAAGCUAGAUCUGAAUUAUGUUCCUUUAUUUGUAUUACCGUAGUAGAUUUUUAGACACUAGCAUUUUUUUUCUCUUAUCUUUGGCUUUAAAGGACAGAUCUUUUAACUUAAUCCAUCAAGCCAGGCCAUCGUUUCCGCUGUCAAUGCCGUAUAGCCUGAAGGGAAAAUUUGCAUGACUGAUAGGUUUAUAGGCUCCUAGGUUCAUUUUUCCUCGGGGGAAAAAAAAUGUUUACUUGGAUUCUUCAUGUUGAAAAAGUAAACAUCGUAUAUAUUGUGUUAACGUAUAUUAGAAACCUUCAAGGGCUGUAACAGGAAGAACAUGUAUAGUAUACUGUAUAUUGGCCCACAGUAGUUAUUUUUUUUAUUUUGAGUAUAUUUUUUAUAUAUUUUUUUUUUUAGUGUUAAACACUCAUUGGCCACUGUAAUAGGAGCACGGUAGGUACAUGGAAACCUGCAAAUACACGUAACUGUCUAAUCAGCAGCAUGAUACAUGUACAGGUCGAAAGCUUCAGUUACUUUUCAUGUCAAUCAUGAGAGUGGGUGGAAAUGAGAUCUAAGUGGCAUUGACCAUGGGAUGGUUGCUGGUACCAGACUGCUGGUUUGGUUAUUUUAAUAAACUGCUGAUGUUACAACUGUGUUGAGCUGAAAAGCAUAUCUGAACGCACCAUGUCAAACCCUGUAGCAGACACAGAUUCACCCAAUUUAGACCAUUAACUGAUGUUCUUGAAGCUGUACCUGCAUUUAAAUAAUUGCAUGAAUGAUCAGUAGUACAGAUGUUCCUAUUAAAGUGGUCAGUGUGUGAGUAUAUUAUAUACAUAUGACUUCAGUAUCUGGAAUUUGCUUUAAUAUUCAACUGUAAGAAUAUCUCCUGAUAUAAUUUUGCUUUAUCUACAUGUAGACCAGAAGUAUUUUUAUUGUUAAAGGUAUGUUUUAGAGAGUUCUCAUACUGUCAUUUUGACAACUUCUUGCAAUAUUUUACACCUACACUAAAUUGUGACUGUUAGAAACUCGUGGCCCGGUUCCAAUGGUACUUCUCGAGGUUUAGCCGUGAAAUAUGUUUCGUCUUAUGAACAAAACAAGCUACGCUGGCAGCUAAGGCACGUUUUUGUGUUGUCUAUUUAUUGCUAAUAUAUUCAAGUGAUGCCAAAUGUGCUGCUCACUACUCACCAUAACCCUGACUAAUGAUCUCAUCUCCAUUUCAAUAACCUCAUUACUACAAGUGUGUACACUAUGGUGGGCAGAUGAACCUUUUACACAAUGCAAUAGUGUUAUGUUUGGGAAGUUUUACCGAAUAGCUUGCACCAUGAUAUGGCACAGUUCCAGGAUUUUAAUGUUGCUCGUGUUCAACGUUUUCAUAUAUGGAAUGAUGUGUUUACAUAUUUUAAUGCACAAAAUGAAUACGUGUACAUUGGUGGCUUGUUAUCUGUAAAUGAAUAUGCUCAGGUUAUUCCUUCCAUGCUGGAUUUAAUGACUUAUAAUGACACAGUCUUACAGUGUUGUGGAAAUGAUUUUUAAAGCAUCUUACAGUUUGGCUUUUUGUGUACAACUGUGAGGACGAUUUAAACAGCAUGUUUAACUAAAUUACAGAUGCAAGUGUAAUUAAAGAUAAAGAUAAACUUUA